GCUAAUACGCCAUUUACAUACCCACUUGGAUUGUCUGUGCGAAAAGACGCACCCACCACAAUAGCAAACACAUUCAGCCAGGCAGCACAUUUUGAAGGGUGAGAAAAAACAAAGACGAGGAUGAGGAUGUUCGCCAUUGUAUUCGUGGUGGCGCUAACCGCUAGCGCUACAUACGCUGGUACCACUCAAGUGGCCCCAACGCGCUCCGCCACCGAUCUGGCGUUCGACAUGUACAAUAGCUGCUUGAAGGACUUCAGCACAAGUUGUGUGCAACCGAAGGCUAUGCAGUGGUUCAACCAGGCUCUUCAACAGGAUGAGAUUCAAAUCACCGAUAAGUUGUCUAUUGUGCGCACAACUAGAGUGCAGCCCAUACAACAGCGCUCCUAUAACCCACAAGAGCAAUUAUUCGACGAUAUCGAUAACUUCUUGGCCACACAUGCAUUGCGCGUUAAGGCGCCUGAAUUCUUCAGCACCGAGGAAGCACGCUCAUACGUUCCAGACUUUUUGUUCAGCAACGUCCUAACCAAAGAUUCUGUUUUGCCGUUAGCAGAACGUGAUCCCAAUCAAGGUCGUGGCAUGGUCCGUAAAGUGUUAUUGCCCUUCCUCAUCGGUUUGAAAUUGAAGACCACUGUCUUGGUGCCACUUGCUUUGGCUUUGAUCGCGCUCAAGACCUGGAAGGCCAUGACUUUGGGUCUACUCUCAUUGGUGUUGUCUGGCGCUUUAGUUGUUUUCAAAAUUGCCAAGCCAAAGAUUAUCAAUUACGAAGUGGUGCAUUAUCCUCAUCAUGUCGAGCAUGUGGAACAUAUCGAACAUAUUCCACACCACAUCGAUCAUUUCCCUCAUCAUGUCGAACACAUUGUGCCGCAUCACAUUGAUAUCGUGCCCCACCACGUGGAUCAUCAUGUCGAUCACCAUUUGGAUUUGCCAGCACAUGUCGAACAUGUUGAGCACUUCGAACAUCCAUCGCCCGCUUGGGAUCCACACGCUUGGGCGCGUUCGUCUCAAGAACCACAAGACGCACAAGAUAUGGCUUUCGCUGGUCAAAGGCAACCUUAAAUUAAUACAUACCCUCACUUAGCUGAAGGUAAUUUCGAAUCAUUCGAACGAAUGGAAAUUGACGACAACGCAGCGCCUUUAUUUAUUUUUUUUACAUAGGUUUAAGAGAGGCACCCGUUUCCAAAGAAAUUAUUUAUUGAACAAAACGUGAAAAUCUAACAAAAAGAUACUAGAAAAUAUUAUUUAUUUACUUGCUUGUACAAAAAUUGUUAAUAUUUAUUUUUAGUGAAUAAUGGCAACCCCGUUAAAGAAAUAGAAAUAAUAAAACAAAUUGAAACUA